CAAUGACGUCUAAGUAUUAAUCCAGACAGGAAGAUUCCAUUCCAUUUAGAGCCAAGAAGAUACGACUGAAGUUUUCUUCUGCAACAACGGUAAUAAAUCUAAAAUCUCACAUACAAAUAGCACAAACAUUUGGUCGUACAAGCAUUGAAAAAACAAAGUAGUUCUUUACUUCAUCAUUCUUCUUCUUUUUAUUUUCUUCCCCCCUAAAGCUCCAAAUCUUCUGUUCUUUUCAAUAAUCCAUAUGAGUAGUUUGGGUCAUCAACAACUGCACUUUUUUUUCUUCCCCUUCAUGUCUCAUGGCCACAUGAUACCAGCAGUAGAUAUGGCAAAGCUAUUUGCUUUUCGAGGCCAUAAAACAACAGUUGUCACUACUCCUUCAAAUGCACCUCUCAUCUCCAAAACAAUCCAACGAACAAAAGAUUUGGGUUUUGAUACCAAUAUUCGAAUCCUCGAAUUCCCUUCAGUUGAAGCCGGACUACCAGAAGGUUGUGAAAACAUGGAUUCUAUUAAUUCAUAUGACAAUGAUAAUAUGAUGGACAAAUUUUUGUUAGCUACAGCUAAGCUUCAAGAACCUCUUGAAAAGCUCCUUCAAGAAUGCCGCCCUAAUUGUCUUGUUGCUGAUAUGUUCUUUCCUUGGGCUACUGAUGCUGCUUCCAAAUUUGCAAUUCCAAGAUUAGUGUUUCAUGGCACUAGUUUCUUUUCUUUGUGCGCCGGAGAAUCUAUUAGGCUGUAUCAGCCACACAGAAAAUUUUUAUCAGAUUCAGAGCCCUUUGUCAUUCCAAGUCUUCCAGGAGAAAUAAAGAUAACAAGAAAACAACUCCCCAGUUCUUUUAGAGAAGAAGUUGAAAAUGCUUUUACUAAGAUGAUUAAAGAAUCGAUGGAGUCAGAGUUAAAGAGCUUUGGAGUGGUUGUAAACAGUUUCUACGAGCUCGAGCAAGCUUACGCUGAUCAUUACAGGAAUGUUUUGGGCAGAAAGGCAUGGCAUAUAGGCCCAGUCUCGAUAUGCAAUAGAGGAAUGGAAGAUAAAGCACAAAGAGGAAAAGAAGCUUCCAUUGAUGAACAUGAGUGUUUGAAAUGGCUAAACUCCAAGAAACCGAAUUCAGUUAUUUAUAUAUGUUUUGGAAGUUCAUCUAAUUUCAGUGACUCUCAACUUAAGGAAAUCGCAAUAGCUCUAGAAGCUGCUGGACAAAAAUUCAUUUGGGUAGUGACAAGAAACAAGAAUAGUGAAGGAAAUGAAGAAGAAUGGCUGGCUGAAGGAUUUGAGAAGAAAAUGGAAGGGAAAGGACUUAUCAUAAGAGGGUGGGCGCCACAAGUGUUGAUUCUUGAACAUGAAGCAAUAGGAGCAUUUGUGACUCAUUGUGGAUGGAAUUCUACACUUGAAGGUGUAACUUCAGGGAAACCAAUGGUCACAUGGCCUGUAUUUGCUGAGCAAUUCUUUAAUGAGAAGUUAGUGACUGAGGUUCUGAAAAUUGGGAUUGGUGUCGGUGCUAAGGAAAUUGUUAGAUUGCGUGGGGAUUAUAUUAAAAGAGAAGCUAUAGAGAAGGCAAUUAAUAGAGUUAUGGCAGGCGAAGAAGCUGAGGAAAUGAGGAGCAGAGCAAGACAGUGCGGAGAGAUGGCAAGACAAGCUAUUGAAGAAGGUGGAUCUUCUUACUCUGAUUUCAAUGCUUUAGUUCAAGAGCUGAGCUGUUAUCGUGAGUGAAGAAAUUAGAGAAAAGAAGAGAACACAUUUAGAAUAAUAUGCUAAUAAAAUCAUAAAGCAUAUUUUCUUUUUCGAUUUUUCUUAUUUCAAUUUCAGUUUGUGGUUGUUGGGAUUGAUGAAAUGAAAAACCAAUGGAUAUUACAAAAGCUAUGGAAUUUAAAAUUUUUCUUGU